UUGCGCAAAGAAACCGGAAGAAAAUCUAACCUUGACAAGCAGGCACAACAUGCGCUUAACGUUUACGCCAAGAGCUUCAAGCUAAUUGAUUUAAUCCAGUUUAACUAAAAUAUUUUACGGUACUACGUCCAGAUCCUCGGACAUAUUUUCCCCCCAUUUUUUUUUCUUUGAAAGCGAAGACUUAGCUAGAUAAAUUAAUGGUCAGUGUUAGCACUUACCCACAUCCUCAGGAUUAAAUUCGGGAGGCUUCCUGUUGGUAUUGUCCGAUAUCUAACGAUGAAGUUCCCCUUUCUUUUUGUGUCUAGAAGCUGGAAGCAUUUUCAUAGACUUCAACCAACGCAGUUUUCAUCACCAGCUCCAAGACAAUGGUGCACUGUUUUGAGACACAACAGCACUCAGUUGUACCAAGAUGAAAAGAGUUACUACAUAACAACUCCCAUCUUUUAUGUCAAUGCUUCUCCUCAUUUGGGACACCUGUAUUCAGCUGUGAUAGCAGACUGCUUACACAGGUAUAAACUGCUUCAGGGAUUUAACUCAAGGUUUGCAACAGGAACAGAUGAACAUGGCUUGAAAAUCCAGCAAGCUGCUGAGGCUGCAAGAAAAGAUCCCCUGACUUUCUCCACUGAUGUGUCUGAGCAGUUCAAAAACCUCUUCAGCAGUUGCAACAUUUCAUACACAGACUACAUAAGAACCACUGAGCAGAGACACCGUCAGGUGGUGGAACAUUUCUGGUCAGUGCUCUGGAACAAAGGACUUAUCUACAAGGGGAGUUAUGAAGGCUAUUACUCCACACAAGAUGAAAGCUUCCUCAUGCCAUCGCAGGUUGGUGAUGCUCUGGACUCAUCAGGGAAGGAGAUAAAAAUAUCACUGGAGAGUGGACACAAGGUGGAGUGGAUGAAAGAGGAGAACUACAUGUUUCGCCUGUCUGCGUUUCAGUCUCAGCUGCUCGACUGGUUAAAAGCAAACCCCGGAGCUAUACAGCCUGUGCGCUUCCACCAUGCUGUUCUGCAGUGGUUGCAGGAAGAUCUGCACGACCUUUCGGUGUCCCGUCAGAGAAGCCGUCUCCAGUGGGGCAUCCCAGUCCCUGGCGAUGCAGGACAGACCAUCUAUGUGUGGUUAGAUGCGCUUGUAAAUUACCUCACAGUAGUGGGUUACCCAGAAAGACAUCAUCAAUGGUGGGAUGUGGCCCACCACAUUAUAGGAAAGGACAUCCUAAAAUUCCACGCCAUCUACUGGCCAGCUUUCCUUCUUGGAGCUGGACUGCCUCUGCCACAGGUGAUACAUGUACACUCGCAUUGGACAGUUGAAGGAAAGAAGAUGUCUAAAAGUUUGGGUAAUGUGGUAGAUCCUUUUGAACACUCACGAAUGUUUACAACUGAUGGUAUGAGAUACUUUCUGUUGCGUCAGGGAGUCCCAGACUCGGAUUGUGAUUACACCUAUGACAAAGUUAUAAAACUGCUCAAUGCAGAGCUUGCCGACUCCUUGGGUGGUCUGCUGAACCGCUGCACAGCUCCAGCUCUUAACCCAGCUCAGGUCUACCCAUCAUUCUGUUCUCAGUCUUUCCCCAGUGAACAGGGAGGCAGAGCUGUGAUUGAAGACUACCACAUGUUGGAUGCUGUGAAAAGCCUACCAGCUGUGGUAGAGAAGCAUUAUGAGAGCAUGCAUGUGUAUAAAGCUCUGGAGGCUAUUGCUGUCUGUGUGAGGCAGACAAAUGGGUUUGUUCAGCGCCACAAACCCUGGAAGCUGAAUAGGAGGGACGAUAAAGACCAACGUUGGCUGGACACUAUCAUCCAUGUCUCCUUUGAAUGUCUGAGACUUUAUGGCACACUCAUCCAGCCAGUAGUGCCAGAGAUUUCUAAUAAGCUGCUGAGCAGACUCGGGGUGCAACCAGGUGAGAGGAGCUGGAAAACCCUGGACUUCCUGCCGAGGUUUCAGGGGCGGGACUGUCCCUUUGAAGGGAGAGCACUAGGAUCAGACUCUGGAGUGCUAUUUAGCCGCCUGGAAACUCAGAAUGUAGAUAAACAAAAACCAAAGGAAACUAAAUCUGAACAUUUAAAAUGAUGGUAAUUUCACCCAUACCUCAGCCAUUGUUAAGUUUAUAUUGACUUUUAUAUCCGAAACAUACAAGCAGCAAGUAUACACAGCAGCCUGAUCAUCCCCUUAUCGCAUGUUCCAGUCAGUGGCUCUUCAUAUAUACUGGUCUACCCUUGCUCUUAGCUCCUAAAACAAACCUUUUCUGCAGAUACAUCCAGUGUUAUCACUUAAAUACCCAGCUGAGGUUGAUUUCUAAAUCAUGUGCAGGAUUGAGGAUAUUUGUGUGAGGAGGGGAAAAAAAAGACAAGGGAGAAUUCUGAAACCUCACAUGAAA